AUGGAGGGCGUCAAUGGCCGAUACAUUGCGGACGAAUUCCGCGUCUGCGUCGACAAGGGUCGCCCAUAUGACGGGAAAUACUAUUAUCACACAACAUGCUUCAAGCGGAUAAUCGCAUUGGAGAAUUUCUUUCCCUUUAAGCUCGUCAUGGGCGGGGGACCGUGGAACUGGGCCUUCAUGGUACACCGAUGGUUCGAGAACAAGGGACGCAUCAACCCGGAGAAGAUCGCCGCAUACAUUGAGACCAAGGAGCAGUAUGACGAAGUGUACGAGGAAUUUUCUAGUAAGUGGAUUGGGUGGAGCCUCAAGCAUCAGAAAUGCGAGGCUGAGAUUGGGAUGUGCGGGUGCCCGCCGCAACCAACUGGUCCUGAGGAGCCCGUAAUGCGAGGCUACAAGACCAGCAAGGAAGAUGGGUGUCGUCUCUGGGAAGCUCUGGCCAUCCGCGGUGUAACGAUAUCUGCGAGCCUAUGGAACAGGAUCUUGCAUUGA